CAGGCAGGAGCCGGUGGUGCUGCCAGCUCCUGCCCAGGCCCCCCCACCAGGCUCCUCCCACCGGGUCUUGAGUGACAGGGGGAGCCGGCCCCUUAGCCCCCCCCUCCCCGGUCCCACUCUCUCGCCCGGGCGCGGCAGGUGCAGCCACAGCCUCCGCCUCCCGCAGCACCUGCCUCUCCUCCACUUGGCCUCCCUGCGCGGACCUCCUGCUUCCCCCGGGUCACGUAUUUUUUCAUCACAGGAGCGUACAAGAAGGCUUCAAGCCCCAAGCCCAAAAGGUUACAAAACCUUCACUUCAUCUUCACAAGGAUGAGGCUUUGAGUUGUCACGGACCUCUUCUGAGGUGGGUUGCUGCUGGAGUGAAUGCUGUCGAGCUCCAUCACUGGACCUAAUUGAACUCACACCUGUCCUACUGGCCAUUGUUUCAAUUCUCUGGUGUUACAAUGAGCGGCAUCCUGUCGUACUUGGAUCCCCGGCGGAUCCAGUGGGGUGCCACGUGGUAUGCCAUGCAUUCUAGAAUCCUCCGCACGAAACCUGUGGAAUCCAUGUUAGAAGGGACUGGCACUACCACGUCUCAUGGGACCAAACUGGCCCAGGUACUCACGACUGUGGAUUUGGUUUCACUGGGUGUUGGAAGCUGCGUCGGCACUGGAAUGUAUGUGGUCUCUGGCUUGGUUGCCAAGGAGAUGGCAGGCCCAGGUGUCAUUGUUUCCUUCAUCAUUGCAGCUGUAGCCUCCAUUUUGUCUGGGGUCUGCUAUGCCGAGUUUGGAGUGCGUGUUCCCAAAACCACCGGCUCUGCCUACACCUACAGCUAUGUCACAGUGGGAGAGUUCGUAGCAUUUUUCAUUGGAUGGAACCUAAUCCUGGAAUACCUGAUUGGCACAGCAGCGGGAGCCAGUGCUUUAAGCAGCAUGUUCGAUUCCUUGGCCAAUCACACCAUCAGCCGCUGGAUGAUUGACAGCGUUGGGACUUUAAAUGGACUGGGUAAAGGAGAAGAAUCCUACCCAGAUCUGUUGGCCUUGGCCAUUGCUGUCAUGGUAACCAUUAUCGUUGCCCUGGGUGUGAAAAACUCAGUGGGAUUUAACAACGUCCUCAAUGUCAUUAACCUGGUUGUGUGGAUCUUCAUGAUGAUCGCUGGACUCUUCUAUGUCAACGGAGAAAACUGGGAUCAGGGUCAGUUCCUGCCAUUUGGAUGGUCAGGGGUGCUACAAGGCGCAGCCACCUGUUUCUAUGCCUUCAUUGGGUUUGACAUCAUUGCCACCACUGGAGAAGAAGCCAAGAGUCCCAACACAUCAAUCCCUUACGCCAUCACUGCCUCACUUGUCACCUGCCUGACAGCCUAUGUAUCUGUGAGUAUUAUCCUAACUCUGAUGGUGCCAUACAAUGAUAUCGAUACUGAAUCUCCCCUGAUGGAGAUGUUUGCGAUGCACGGAUUCUACGCUGCAAAGUUCAUCGUGGCCAUCGGUUCUGUGGCGGGCUUGACCGUGAGCUUGCUGGGCUCCCUUUUCCCAAUGCCUCGUGUAAUUUAUGCGAUGGCAGGCGACGGGCUUCUCUUCAGGUUCCUGUCCCAUGUAAGUUCCUACACGGAGACGCCCGUAGUAGCUUGCAUUGUCUCAGGGUGCCUUGCAGCGCUCCUCUCCCUCCUAGUCAGUCUAAGGGACCUGAUAGAGAUGAUGUCCAUCGGCACACUUCUUGCCUACACUCUGGUCUCUGUAUGUGUCUUACUCCUCCGGUAUCAACCGGAGAGUGACAUUGACGGCUUUGUCAAGUUCCUUUCUGAAGAGCAUACGAAGAAGAAAGAAGGGAUUUUAGCGGAUUGCGAAAAGGAAGUUUGCUCUCCCGUGAGUGAAGGCGAGGAGUUUGUAGGCCCACCGACCAACACGUGUGGUGCAAAAAACCUCCCGUCUUUGGGAGACAACGAGAUGCUCAUUGGGAAAUCGGACAAAUCCACUUACAAUGUCAACCACCCCAACUAUGGCACAGUUGACAUGACUUCAGGAAUUGAGGCAGAUGAGUCAGAAAAUAUCUACCUCAUCAAGCUGAAGAAGCUUAUAGGGCCGCGAUACUACACAAUGAGGAUCCACCUUGGAUUACCCGGGAAAAUGGACCGGCCCACAGCAGCUACUGGUCAGACAGUCACCACAUGUGUCCUCUUGCUUUUUAUCCUGAUGUUCAUCUUCUGCUCUUUUGUCACUUUUGGGGUGGACUAUCUCUACAUCCAAAGUUGGUGGGCUAUCCUUCUGGUGGUGCUGAUGGUCCUGCUGAUUGUCAUCUUGGUCUUUGUCAUCCUUCAACAGCCAGAAAACCCAAAAAAGCUCCCCUACAUGGCCCCAUGUCUGCCUUUUGUUCCUGCCUUUGCAAUGCUUGUAAACAUCUAUCUCAUGUUCAAACUUUCAAGGAUCACAUGGAUCCGGUUUGCCGUCUGGUGUUUUGUGGGGUUGCUGAUUUAUUUUGGCUACGGCAUAUGGAACAGCACGCUGGAGAUCACCGCUCGGGAAGAGGCUCUCCACCAGAGCACGUACCAGCGUUACGAUACUGACGUUGAUCCCUUCUCGGUCGAUGACGGCUUUUCCUACGCUGAAAGUGAAAACUAUCAGGACUGGGACCCUGCUGAUGACAAAGGUUUCACUUACCAGCAGAUGUCAGAAGCCCAGGGAAGCAGUCGGACAAGUAGCAAAUCCAAAAGUAAAGGGAAACACAAACUGAACUCAGACACGCUGAUUUCCAAUGAUGAGUUAGACUACUCGCCAGAGUAGGUGCAGUGAAAACACAAGGCUUUCCGCUUUUUUGUCACUAAGCUAAACCUUUGGGCUACAACGCAAAGCCUUCUUUUGAUUCUCAUGUCCACUCCCAUCCUUUCAAUAAAGUUUCUGUUUUCAGAAAUUAUAUACGCUCGCACGCUCGCUCACUCACUUUUCUGCUCUUCAGGAUGGUUCUGUCCAGUACUGAUCCUGAAUCAACAGAACACCCAUUUUUUUAAAAAAUGAGAAGUCCCUUGCUAUAGUCACCACUCACAGUCCCAGAUUUCCUGAGUGUUGUCAGAAUCUCAGCCCAUUGGAUGGGCUGGUUCGGCUGGGCAGUCUUUCUGGAUGUAGGAUAAGUAUCAGACAAGGGCUUCCCAGUUGCAGGGAUUUUAUAGGUUUAAUGGAGAACAUGCCCAACAAAAUAAUCAGCAACAUAAAGUUCCAAGUUCCACUGAAAGGGCGAAAUGCUUUCCCCAUGGAAAAUACUCUGAUACAGUUGUAGAGUUAUAAAUCAACUGUUAAGAUUAUUCGGCAGAGUAAACCCUGUUUCUCCGAAAAUAAGACAUCCCCUGAGAAUAAGACAUAGUAGAGGUUUUGCUGAAGUGCCGAAUAUAAAAUAUCCCCCAAAAGUAAGACAUAGCAAAGUUUUUGUUUGG